UUGCUAAGGGUGAAAGUUUGCCGUGAGUUGGCUCACUUGGGGCCAGGGCGCGGGUGGUUCCGGGCCGGCGGGGCGAGGAGAGGCGGCGGCGGUACAGGCGACACAGGCACCGGCACCCGCAUCCCCACUGCCUGGCGCACCACCUCUGGGCCACGCCGCAGCCCCCGGGCCCGCUGCGCGGAGGAACCGCACCAUCGGGGAUAAGACGAGGGAGGGGACGGGACGGGGCAGAGACCCUUCACGCACUGCCCGGGCUGCGCCCACCGGCCCCCGAUCACCGCCGCCACUAGCCGCCGGCCCUGGAGACGCGGACGAAGUGGGUUUGGAGCCAAAUCUUGUCUAUGUGCGUGUCAUUUUGUCUCUUCUAAUACGCUGCCCUGACUUGCUUGUUGCAAAGGGAGUAUGCAUCUGGAGAUCAAAGUUGCUCUUAACUUCAUCAUCUCAUACCUGUACAACAAGCUUCCUCGGAGGCGGGCAGACCUGUUUGGUGAGGAGCUAGAGCGCCUGCUGAAGAAGAAAUAUGAGGGUCACUGGUACCCAGAGAAGCCUCUGAAGGGCUCUGGCUAUCGCUGUGUUCACAUAGGGGAGACGGUGGAUCCAGUGGUGGAGCUGGCAGCCAAGCGGAGCGGGCUGGCUGUGGAGGAUGUGCGUGCCAACGUGCCGGAAGAGCUGAGCGUCUGGAUCGAUCCUUUUGAGGUUUCCUACCAGAUCGGUGAGAAAGGCUCGGUUAAGGUCCUCUACCUGGAUGACAGUGAGGGCUGCAGCGCCAUGGAGCUGGACAAAGAAAUCAAGAGCAGCUUCAACCCUGACGCCCAGGUAUUUGUCCCCAUCGGCAGCCAGGACAACUCGCUGUCCAGUUCUCCAUCCCCCUCCUUUGGCCAGUCGCCCAGCCCCACCUUCAUCCCUCGCUCUGCCCAGCCCAUCACUUUCACUACUGCCACUUUUGCUGCCACAAAGUUUGGCUCUACCAAGAUGAAGAAGGGCGGAGGAGCCGGAGGAGGGGGUGGCGGUGCAGGGGCCGGGCAGCAGCCCAGGAUGGUCAGGUCUCCCACCACCAACCUGCUGAAGCACAAGGGCCUCUCCCUCUCUAUGCACUCUCUGAACUUCGUCGGGAGCGCUGGGAGCCAAGCCCCGCAGUCACAGCUCUCCCCCAACGCCAAGGAGUUCGUUUACAGCGGGGGUUCACCGGGAGCCAGCAGCCUCUUCUUUGAUGGUGUUACCAGUGAGAGCCAGGCCACCAGCGUCCCGCCAACAUCCCAGUUCAACGCCGGCACGGGUGGUACCUUCGACAUGGCUCAGGUCUUUGGUGGCAGCACCAACAGCCUCUUCUUGGAGAAGUCGCCCUUCGUGGAAGGACUCAGCUACAACCUGAAUGCCAUGCAGUAUCCCAGCCAGUCGUUCCAGCCUGUCGUCCUGGCCAACUGAACACAAGGAAGGAGAGUAUUCCGGGGUUGGGAGGGAGGGUGGGGGGGGAAAACGAGAAAAAAAACAAACAAACAAAAAAGAGGGAGAGAAAAGGAAAAUAGAAAUAUACAGAAAAUAUUCAAAUCUUAUAAAUAUAGCUUCUUGGGAAACGAGAGAGCCCAGUGUUGUUGCGCUGUGCUGGCAACGCUCCUGAAGCACUGACUUGUUUUUUAACUCAGUCCCUGUGCUUUUUUCCUACUCACUUUUUUACUCCUUAAAUGAGUCUUGGGAUAUUUUUUUUUUUGGUUUGUGUUCCCCCCCUCACCCCCACCUUCCCCCCAGCCCAAGACUGGUGCAAACAUAGGUCAUGAUGCUCCUGAUUCCCUGCAUCCCACCCCAGCGCUGGACACAGGGUCCUUCCACCUGGGUGUAGGGACAUCUUUGUACCACCUCUCUGGAGGAGGGACGAGGAGAAGAGGAUGAGCCAGUGUCGGUGCAGAUGUGCACACACCUGUUGCAUGAUAGCCAGAAACGGGUGGGUGGGAUUGCUUUUCUGUGCCCAUGGGUGUAGACUGUUGUGCUGCUGUUGCUCCAGGCUUUCCUACCCCAGGCUGGCAUCAGCUGUUUUGUCUGUGCUGGAAAGCAGUGACUCUUCUCCUUGACCACCUCCCAGCACAUAGCAGGGAGGGCAGUGUUACUGUGAAAUGGCUGCUUCCUGCUCUCUUCCUUGUCUGCACCUCCAGCAGUCGCUACAGGAGAGUGGAGCUUUGAGCUGAGUGACUGUGGUUAUUGUCCCCUUCCACACCUGAGUGGGAGGGCGGUGGCCUUUCUGUGCCCUCUUGGGGCCGACUGGCCAUUUUGGGUGACAGCCUUGUGUAGGACACCACUUGCCUGUCCCCAUGGUUUGGGGAGGUGGCGCUGAGAUCCCCCUAGGAACCUGCCCCUGCUUCCUUGGACCUUCCCCUGCCGGGCAGUGGGGGCCAGCAUCCACCUGUGGUCAUCUGGGAUGGCAUCCUGGGUCUAAGUUCUUGUUCCCUGCUGUGAAUUCAUCUUCUUGUCUGGAAGAGGGGAUUCCUUCUGUUGUACUCGGGCAGUACUACUUUUGAGGAGGAGAAGGCUAUGUUGUUGAAGCUGCUUUUGAGUGGUAGCAUAAGAGUUUGUGCUUUCAGCAAGAUGUGUGCACCUGACUAAAUCCCUUCCCCUGCCCUUCUGGAGGAGCAGGAGGAGGUGGCUGAUCUGGUGUGGAAGGGAAGCACCUAAGCCUAAGCUUAUCAUUCCAGCCAGGUUAUAUCAGUGUGGAUGGUGGCAGGUAUAGAGCAGGGUGGGGACAGGCACUCCGAAGUCGAGUGGUCAUCCCAGUGUGUGAAUCUGUUGUGUCUCCCUUCUGCAGGCUGGAUCUGGGAGUGCUCCUGCAACUUUCCCCGGGACAAUGUGCUGCAGUCGGGUGGUAGUGGCUUUUCAGCUAGGUUGCUUCUGUGUCAGGAACUCUUAAAACCCACCUUUGCAGGAAGCCAAAGGAAGGCUGCAUCUUGCCCAGGCAGGGUGGAGGCUCUCUAGGUGGGUAGGAGGUCUCCUUGGAGGCAGUUGUGGGAGUAUGGAAGCGUGCAAAGAGGAGAGAGAUGGAAAUGAUGAGACUCCAGGCUUUGAAGUUCUCAGUUUAAAAGAAAUAUAAGCUUUUUGCUGCCUCCCAAACUUAAGGUUUGGUUUUCUUCUAAUGAUGUCUCUGGAGCACCCUCUGAAACCCACUUCUCUCUGUAUGUGUUGAACCAAUGUGCUCUUUCAAGACAUCCCUGUUUCAGGGGAGAUGAGCUUGAACUUGUGCUUUUCCCACUCCCUUCCCCUCAAGUUGAGGUGAAGGCACUCCAUCCCUCCUGCAGUUUUGUUGCCACUGCCCCUUUUCUGUUCUGUCCCAGGGAGAUGGCCACUGCUGGAGUUCUUUCAAGGAGCAUUUCCAGCACCCCCUUUCCCUCACUGGGUGACAAGGGAGACACAGUCCCCACCUCACACCCAGUGUGGGUUCCCAAGCAGGCUGCUUCCUGUUGGGCAGGUGGGCAGGGAGAGCAGAGCCCCAGCCUGCUUUCCCCCAAACCAGCACCCUCCAUCUCAACCCUGUGGGUUUCCAGACUAGGACAAGUUGCUGAGGAAUGGUCAAGCUGUUGGGUUUCCAUUUUUUUUUUUUUUUUUCCCCCUUCAGCCCCCACACUUGCAGAUGUUACCACUGCCACCCUGUCCUUCUCCCCAGGAGUGUGCUGCUGAGUGCCAGCCCACUUGCCACAUUGAUCUGAGGGACCCAAUCCAGUUGUCCUUCCUCCCCACACCUGGCCAAGUCACCAGUGAGCUUGCUCUCCUCGUGCACAGAGAAGAAGAGGAGAGGUGGGGAUGCCCUCCCCUGGCCACCUGCUUAUGUGUGUGAAGCUUUGAUGCCGCUUUGCCCUGCCACACGUACUAUACCUGCUUUAAAAAUAGUGGUGUGAGUGGAAGGAGGAAAAGAGGAGGGACCAACCUCUUUGUAUCUUAAAAGGAAAAAAGCGUGCUUCAGAAACGUUCCUCCAGCAUCAGGCAGCAAUGGACACUAACGGCCUUUUCGGGCCUUUUCUAGUCUUGGAUGUAGGCGUUCAGCUUCAAUUUUAUUUUUUAAAAACCUGCACUAAUUUACCUGGUUUCUUAGGAAGAGAAGAGAGAAAAUUUUUUUUUAACUUUUAUUUUUUAUGGGUUUGUGUUCUUUUUGUUGAUGUCUGUUUGUAUUGAAUAAUUUGCUACAUUUGUAAAAUGUAAGAGGUAUAUAUAAUAUAUGUAUAUUUCUAACGUAAAAAAAAAAACAACCCUGUAAUUUUUUUCUUUUCAAGAUUUUUUCUUAAAAAGAGGAGAGAAAAAAAUAUUUUUUCAGGAAAAAACUUUAAAAAAAAAAAAGAAGUGGUGAAGAUUCCUUUCUCCCCACUCAGCUUCCCUCCUUUCCUUCCCACCCUUCUCCAAGGAGUGAAUUGUCAAGUUGCCUUGUGGGAGAGAAUGAGUGAAAGAGAACCGAAGUCUGAAUGUCUCCAAGCAGAGGGUUUCUGUGUGUUCUCUGCUUGGGUUUCUUUCUGAGAUGGGGGGCUACUGAGAGGGGGACCCAGGGGGUUACUGUCUUUUUUUUUUUCUUUCUUUUUGUUUCUUUUUUUUUCUUUUUUCUUGGUUUUUUUUCUUUAGCGAAGGAGGAAUACAAUCAGAGUUUUGUAUUCAGAAUGUUGUGCAAUAUUUUGGAACGGGACAUUGGUGUGUCUAGAGAUUUAGUUAAAAACAAAACAAAAAAAAUCCACAAAAAAAAAAAAAAAAAAAAAGGUUGAUCAAAUCUGUACAGUUUCUAUUGUUCCAGAUUUUUUUAAGUUUGUAUUAAAAGCAUGAUAUAAUAA